GUGAACGCAACACACGGAGAGCGCGAGCGCCUGUGAGCGUGCAGACGGACAGUGAGCGCCCUCAUGAUGAGAACAACCAGUCCAAUUAUCCGUGUGCCUCCCGUGGACACUCCCUUCUCACUUCAGUGCUUACUCAACCACGAAAUCCAGCGCUGGAUUCCAAGAUACCGCUCGCGUGGAGAUUUAAAACUGGACAGAGACAUAAUCGUCCAGAAGAGAAGACGGAGGGAUGCGAGGGCGUUUGGGGCCAUGAUUAACAUCCAGUUUUGGCGUUUGUGCUCCGGAGAAGAACGAAAAGACAAGAAGUCAAGUGGUCUAGCACUCAAGACAACAGAUGAGGGACUGCAGGAAGAAGAGAACUGACAAAGUAUGGCUGCACCUGAUCUUUUAGAUCCUAAAUCAGCUACAUACAACACCAAACCACGGCUGUCGUUCUCCUCCAAGCCCAUUGUAUAUAACUCGGGGGAGGAUUGUGAUACCAUAACCACCGUAAUGAAGUGGAAAACAGUAGUGGUGAUCUUCCUGCUGGUUGUUCUGUACCUGAUCAUCGGAGCCACAGUGUUCAAAGCUCUGGAACAGCCCCAGGAGAGCUCGCAGAAGUACCUCAUAGUGCAAGAGAAAAUGAACUUCCUUUCCAGGCAUACCUGUGUCAACGUCUCUGAACUGGAGGACCUGGUCAAGCAAGUGGUGUUUGCUAUCCGGGCUGGGGUCAAUCCCUCGGGUCACCCCUCCAAUGAGAGCAGCAUGUGGGACCUCAGCAGCUCCUUCUUCUUUGCAGGGACUGUCAUCACCACUAUAGGCUUCGGAAACGUCUCUCCACACACAGAAGGAGGCAGGAUCUUUUGCAUUAUCUAUGCCCUGCUUGGGAUCCCACUCUUUGGCUUCCUGUUGGCUGGAGUGGGCGAUCAGCUGGGGACCAUAUUUGGUAAAGGUAUUGCCAAAGUGGAAAAGAUGUUUGUGAAAUGGAACGUGAGCCAAACUAAAAUCCGUGUGACAUCCACUGUCCUGUUCAUCCUGUUUGGGUGCCUGCUGUUUGUGGCCCUCCCAGCCCUCAUCUUCCAACACAUUGAAGGCUGGAGCACUCUGGAGUCCAUCUACUUUGUUGUCAUCACUUUAACCACUAUUGGAUUUGGAGACUUUGUGGCAGGAGGCUCUGAGAUUGAGUAUCUGGACUAUUAUAAGCCCAUCGUGUGGUUCUGGAUCCUGGUGGGUCUUGCCUACUUCGCUGCAGUUCUCAGUAUGAUUGGAGACUGGCUUCGAGUCAUCUCCAAGAAGACCAAAGAGGAGGUGGGAGAGUUCCGUGCUCACGCCGCAGAAUGGACGGCCAACGUGUCAGCGGAGUUCAAAGAGACGCGCCGCCGCCUGAGCGUGGAAAUUUACGACAAGUUUCAGCGGGCAGCGUACAUCAAGCGCAAGCUGUCAUCAGAGCUAAGCCAAAAUCCAGACCAGGACAUGAUGCCCUGCAAGAGGACCCUGUCUGUAAACUUCACGGAUGAACUUGAGAAAGAAGGACUCUCUACAUUAACAAAAAAUGGUAGCCUGUACCUAAACGGUCUAACUCCGGACUGCCCAGAUCACGGCGAGAUCUGCAUCAUUGAACAUCUCAAAUAAAGCUCAAGCUUCUUCUGCACAUGCGCAAACAGGAAGAUACAUGUGUGUCUACAAAUAUGUUUGUUCACAAAGCUCUAUCAGAAGCAUUCAUAUCUUUCCUGGAUGUACUGUAUGCUGGAAUCAGUGAGCGGGUGCAUUUAUGGCUUGCGCCAGUCAGAUGAAUCUGUCUUUACAUUUUGUAGACAGCAGCUUUUAUUAUCCAGUGAAUCAUAUUUGUGCCUUAAAAUCACCAGGAACAGACUUCCCAGAAGCUGCUACAAUGAAUGAUACGGAGAAAUGUAUUGUUUUUUUUAGAGACUGAACCACCUACCAAUCUUUUACAAACACUGACGAACUUAAUGUGUUUUUGGAUGCAUAUCCCCAAACCCAGCAUGUGUGAGCGUCUGUUCAAAAACCAUUACUGGGUAUCAGGCAAGAAUAGCUGAGCGUUAAUGAUAUUUAAACAGCUGGGAUUGGUGGCUCAGCAUUUAGAGUUUAUAUAUUGCAUUAGCACAUGAAUUUAGUUUUUAAAUCCACAUGCACAUUCUGUUUAAAAGCAGUUGUGACCGAAAAGAUAUGAAACAAUGUUGGAGUCGAAGCAUCUCAGCUUGCAUAACUUUAGAUGUGAUGUGCACUGAUAGCAUGAUUCUGUAAGCAAAUGCAAUAGAAUUGGACAUAAUUGGAUAUAUGACCAAUGCACAAUCAUUAAUCUUUCAUUGCCUGCUGAAUAAAGAAAGCUGUGUGUUAAUGCAAUGUAUAAAUAUAUUAUUAGCAUAAAUCCUGUAACAUUUUAUGGCAGUUAUAUCUGCCUUAAAGUGAUAGCUCAACCAAAAAUGACUUUCUGGCAUCAUUAACUCACCAUUAUGUUGUUCCAAACCAGGGAUAUUAUAAUCCAUUUAUAAUAAAACCAUUAAAAACACAGAAAAACAAAUAAUAAUAAUAAUAAUAAUAAUAAUAAUAAUGCUAAAAUACAUAUUUAACUAUUUGACAAGGCAGCAUGCUGUUUUAAUUUUGUUUAAUUGCAUUUACUAAAGUAACUAAAACAAUAAACCUAACCCUAACAUGACAUAAAAUGAAUAAGGAAAAAUAGAGAACACAUUCAAUAUUAACUAAGAGUUUUCCCUCAAUAAAAAAAAUAAAUAAAUAAAAGUUUGUAGCGGUUAUGUUUAGGUAUUGGUUAAGGGACCUAGAAUGUAGUCAUGUAGAAUAAGGCUUUAAUAUGUGGUUUAUAAGUACUAAUAAACCGACAAUAUUCUAGUAAUAUGUAUGUUUGUAAGCAACUAGUUAAUAGUGAAUAGUGUUCCUAAAUCUAAAAUGUUACCAUAAAAUUGCAUAAAAAACAAUACAAUUGCUAAAACAUUAAAAUUAAAAUGGAAAAAAUAAAAAUAUCUGUAUAAAACUAUAAUAGUAUAUGAUUCUAAUGUGACUACCGUAACAUGAAUUUCUUCAGUUUUACAAAACAAAUUAUUCGAUCUGGAUUUUCUCGGUUUAUGAUUCCGUCUCCAAAGUCUUAUGGUGUUAUGGUGAAUAAAUGAUGACAGAAUUUUACUUUUAGAUUAACUUUUCCUUUAAACUCACAAACUUUAAAGCCAAAUGAAAUGUCACUUGAUGACUGUGGAAGCUGGUGAACAGAGGAAUGGCCAAAGAAGAUAAGUGUGUUUUAUCACCGCUUGAGAAAAAGCUAUGACUUUGCAGACUGUUCAGUUACAAUUUAUUUUGUCACUAGAAUUUUUUUUUGUCAUAUGUUUUUAAUAAUAGCAUACAUUUGCCAUUAAGUGAUGCUUUGAGGACUAAAGGAGGAAUGACCAUGAAUGUUCUGUCAAAUGCAUGUAGGCUUUGUGUCAAUACUAAGUGGAUAAUAUUAUAAUAAUCAAGCCCAGACAAAUAGCUUGCAUAUGACAACCCACAGUAGACGGCAGAGAGGAAUCUCCUUGUUUUGUAUUAUUAGUUUAGCAAUGGUACGGUAUGAUUGGAAAGAUUUUCAACAAUAGCUAAACAUCUGAUUCAUUACACUUUUUCAAUGUAGAAAUGAGGUUUAUUCAAACAAGAUGUAUGCAUUUCAUUGUGAUGAUAUUUUCUGGUUUUAAGAACUGAGAAACCUGAAAAUAAAUUUUCUUGCCUUAAUUUUACCACAUUUGAUUUGUCCGAGGAGCAGUGCCAGACUAACUGUAAUACAAGUAUGUUCAUCUUGCCUUUGCUCUUGUCUUCACCACUUAAGCUACCUGUAACAUUUCUUGAAAACUGCUAGAAGUCUUGCUUGUUAAGCUUGGAAUGUUCUUGUUAUGCUAUUUUGUAUUUUUUUUUUUUCAGCAGCAUUUUUAUGAGAAUUCCCUGAGCAUUAUGUGUGGUGUUUCUACACAGUUAGACAUUUUGGUGCUUUGCCUUUAAAUAAGCAGAAUAAACAAACAUUAUUCUUAUUC